AUGCCACAGCGACCAGACAGCUACGAUAUACUCAACAUUUCGACACUGGAGAUAGCCCGUCAGAUGACCCUCAUUGAUUUUGAUCUCUUUGCCAAGAUCAAAUCCACAGAGUUGGUGAAUCAAGCCUGGAAUAAGAACGGGGCCAAGGCGCCCAAUAUCUGUGCGAGUAUACAUCGCUUCAAUCUGGGUAUGUACAACAAACAAUUGGAUACCACAAUUAUUCUGUCGGGAGUCUUGUAA